AUGACCCGGAACACCCUGAACAAUAAACGAUAUAUUUGAUUGAUCUUUCAUAAACAUACUUAUUCCCGAUGCGCUGUGUAAAAUUAGAGAUUUCCAAACGGAGAUUUUUCGCAUGUUCUUUUCAUAAGCGCAUGAUCAUGGGUUCGAUUCCCAGGCCCAACUUUCGUCAAUUCCUCUUCCCCCCGAGAGAAUCUGGUACUGACUCUGUUCUCAGUCCCCGCGACUCUAACGGACCCGGAUUACGUGGGCAUGAACGAACGGCUGCCCAUAAUUGACCUCAAUGAACAUCCUCGUGCUCAUCAUUUUACCAUGAUAGGGUAGAGAGUGAAAGCAGCACUACCAUGUGCAGCAUAGUUGUCCUAUGUUAGUAGGGCGAUUCUCACAGAACAUGGGACAACUUGAACCGAAUUUUGUUAUGAGUCGUAACUGAUGAAACGAUUCAGUAUAUCGCAUUCCCCUAAUCCGUUAUCCUUGCCGCGAAUACGCGCGAGAUGCAGACGGCGAUACUGCCGCGCCGCGCCGCGACAUCUGAGAUGUAUUCGUGGCUGUUUAGUGAUGAAAGAUCCGAAAAAAUAUAAUUUUUGAUACAUAUAGAAUCAUCACACACCACCCGCACUAGCCCGACGACGACACGUCACGGCUCUUCUCCGCUCGCGGUGCGGUGCUGCUGGCUGGUGGCGGCCGUAUUUGCUAUUUGGAAUCCACUCCAUUUAUUCGCACAGGCACAAGCCGAAUGCUGUAUAUCUGUGUGACUUUUUUUCUCGCUAUGUUCGUAUUUUUAUUUUUAUUUUUCGAUGUAGAAAAACUGGGUGGAUUUGUAUUAGUGAUGGUGUAAGGUCGGAUGUUGAUGGUUUGGGAAAACAUCGGGAAAGCGGAAAGGAAAAGAAGUAGAUUUUUUAUGUAGCUGCUGGCUGCCGCUGAUGCUGGCUGGUGGUGUACCACUCCUCGCUCGCGGAUGCUGCUCUCCGGUCGGUACUUGGGAAAACCGAGCCUUGCGCGUAUAUAAAGCACACAGCGAUAUUAGUAAUAAUGUAUAUACAUAAGGAAAAACAACACAUUAUUAUGUACAAUUUUCGUUUUUCCAAUAGAGAAAAAAUUGGUGUAGCAAAUCAGCAAAAGAUUUCUAACCGCCAAACUGAACAUACACGCAAUUACAUCCGCGGUCUUAGUUCGUUAAGUUUUUAGUUCUAUGGCUACAGUUUCCCCGUAAGAACAUCUCAAAUGCCAAAUAAUACUCACAAGGAAAGGAUCAAAUCAUCUUAUCAAACACUUAUCAGGCAAAUCAUCGAACCGCGAAUAGUCGUGAAAUGUGAAAUUUUCGUUGGAUGAUUAUUUGUUUUGGAAGUGAUCACGGUAACCGACAAGUGCAAUCACAUCACAUUCAAAAAUUCAAAAAGUGCGCUCCCGAGUCUAGGAACCUAGGAAUUGCGCAAACCUAAGUGAACGCGCAAAAAUUGAUAAGACCGCCGAGGAACGGAAAAAAAUUGAAGUAAUUAGCUCGCCUCUCUCACCAAAUUUCGGCAAAGAGAAUCAUCAGAGCUGUUUAUAUAUGUGAUAUUACCCCCAAGAGUAGACGGCGAACGCGAAAAAACUAUAUACAUUAAAAAAGGCAACUACACCAUUCGCAAAAUGUGAAAAAGUAAAAACGAUUUUUUCGUCUUGACUGUGGUGGAAGUUUUCUAUCCUUUUUUAUUACUGCAGUACAUGCUCUAUUUUUCGCAUUUUCGUACCACUGGUUACAAUAUUUAGUUUGUGCUCUGUGUGUCGGCAUCGUCAGGAGAGUCGAUGCAUGAAGGAGAAAAAAUGGCAUCCGUAAUACCUCAUUUUUUGCAUUUCUAAGUGACUCAAACUGACUGUGUUAAUAAUUUUACAGUGCAAUUGAUUCCGCGCUAAUACGAGAGUGAUACGAUUGUUGCAGUUUUGUGUGUGCAUAAUUUACCCAAAAUCAGGCUGCAGACCGUUGGAACCAUGCAGAUCAGUUUAUCGGUGAGAUAAGGUAUGCAAAACACCUUCCAAAGUGCAACAACAUGGAAUACCAAAAGGAAUCAAGUUGUUAUUUUGACGGAUGUUUACUGCUUGAAACAGUCGUGAAUAGUGUUGCAAGAGUGCAGUGACAUCACCAUCCUACGCAGCAACCGACCAAGCCAUGCGUGUGCCAAAAUUCGUUGUAUAACUAUCAAAAAAAAAACGUUGGAUACAAAGCAGCAAAUUACCCGAUAAAAUCGGGGUGCGAUAACCGUAUACUUCACAGGAUCUUUCAGCACAUCUUACAUAACACCGGCGGUUGCUGAGCGCCAACAAAGCAAAAACCAUAAAAUGGUCGACACACAGCACUUUUGCCUGCGAUGGAAUAACUAUCAAAGCAGUAUUACCUCUGCUUUCGAAAAUCUGCGAGACGAUGAAGACUUUGUCGAUGUGACUCUGGCAUGCGAUGGGCGAAGUCUCAAGGCACAUCGCGUCGUCCUGUCGGCCUGCAGCCCCUAUUUCAGGGAGCUGCUAAAGAGUACACCAUGCAAACAUCCAGUAAUAGUACUACAGGAUGUGGCAUUCACAGAUCUCCAUGCGCUCGUAGAGUUCAUAUACCACGGCGAGGUGAAUGUUCAUCAACGAUCUCUUAGCUCCUUUCUAAAAACAGCAGAAGUGUUGAGAGUGUCAGGACUGACCCAGCAACAGGCUGAUGAAACACACAAUUUAGCGCAAGUACAAACAUCAACUGGAUCCGGUAGUCGAACGCCGGUAAGCCAUCACCCCAGUUAUCCUGACAAGUUCGUCGAGGAUGCACUGUUCGCACAAGGGGUGCCUCCCUCCUCACAUCUCAAUAACCUCCACCACACACCGGCAGCUCACGGUGGAACCACCGUGAACCAACUACUGAGAAGGGCUGCGGCAGCCGCUGCGUUACAACGGCGCGAGCGCAACAAUUCAAACCAAUCCGACGAGCUCUCCAUGAAACGUCAUCGGAUGUCCACGGACAACAAUAUUCUGGGCAAUAACAACAACCUGGAUGUGGUGAGUCACAUGCCGCAGAUUACCGCAACCGACUUCUCCACCAGCAUGAAAAGCAACAACAGUGCUCCACACUCCCCGCAUAUAAAGGAACAGCACCGGCAUGAGAGCAAUAAGACGCCUAAUGGUUUUACUUUCAUUGCCACAGGUAACAACAACAAUAGCAUCAACAUCAACAACAAUACCAACAAUCUGAACAACAACAAUAAUAACAACAACAACAACAACCUAAACACCCACAGUAAGGACAGUUCAAAUGUGGGCGACCAACCCAGCAGUAAUCUAGCGAGUAUAGCGACCAACGGCGGAAAUGGUGGUGGGAGCUUAGGUUCCCACACGGAUAAAGAAAGUCUCACCCCGUCGCCAUCCGUGCGCUCCAACGAGGACGUCAAAUCGGAACCGAUGGAACUGGUGUGCAGUUCCAACGUGGAAAACGAUAACAGUUCGGACUCGAUCGAGGACGACCAUCACGACAUCCCGCAUCCUGCAGAUAUUAAGGGUCCCAUCAGCUCCCCCCACGAAGAUGAAAUGGAUGGCAGCAUACAUUCCCACACGGCACCUCCGUUUCUGAUCUCGCCCGGUGAUCAGAAGUUGUUUGCUCCUCCAGGGUCGUUCAACUUCUCGAUGGCAGCGCUUGCGGAUCCUGCCGCUCUUGCAGGUUUCAACCCACAAGCCCUCCAAGCUGCAGAUCUUGCUGGUUCACCACAAGCAGGACAACAGAGUACUGUCACGGCAGCGUCUUCAUCUCAGCUUACACCGCUGCGAAUGCCACCACCCACUAGUGGUGGUAUCAAUGAACCGCAAGAAUGUCCCUACUGUCGAAGAACUUUCUCUUGCUACUACUCACUCAAGCGACACUUUCAAGACAAACACGAACAAUCCGACACGCUGUACGUAUGUGAAUUCUGCCACCGCCGGUAUCGGACGAAAAACUCCCUGACGACGCACAAAAGCCUCCAGCAUCGGGGCUCGAGUGGUAUGCUGAAACGACUGCUCAAAACAUCGGCCAUCAAGAACGUACUGGGCGGUGCAGGACCCAACAACAACUCAGGUAUUCAUGGAGCCAGCCAUCCGCGGCCCCAUCUGUUCGAUUUCGCCGCAGAGCUGGGCCAACCUCCGCCAGGUAUACAGUAAAAUUAUCUCCUUUUCUCCCACCCAAGGAGAAAAGAGGUACAAGAAGCAACAUACGCAGCUAAGUCAUCCAUUUUUAGUGUAUACAAUAUUCAGUAAGUAUAAUUGGAAGUUGUCCAACGUCUAAGGAGUUGUCAAAUCACACGCGCGAUCAAUGAUCGUCAACUACCAGCAUAUCUAUGAUUUUCCUUCCCUUUUUAUCGACAGCUUAUUUCUUAUCCUUUCAAAACGGAAGAAAUCAAAGGAGCAUAUCUUAAGUAAUCCUUGGAGUGUGAAAUGGCGAAUGUGCAAUAUUAUAAAUUGAUCAAAUCAAAAUCACAUUUUAAGUUGUAACAAAAUUCAGUCCUUAGGAUAUAUUUUCUUACUCUUUGUCUGUUAUUAUGACUGUGUGUCAAAUAUCCAAACACUAGCAACGUAUGUGAAAAAAACAAGCAAAAAUAUUAGUAGAAAAAUCAUAUCUUCUCCGUCGUGGGAACGGUUCACAAUAAUUAACAUGAUAAGUAGUAGGUAGUGAUCAUACAUUCCAUCCCAGAAAGAAACAUAGAUUACUUUACUACCCAAGUAACCACGAAGCCGUAUAUAAGUGCAUCAAUUUUGCCCUAUAUUUAUAUUUAAAAUUGUGAAUAUAAUGCUGCAUUGCUUUAAACCCCUCAUUGAAGCAAUAUUAAAGUCGAAAAGGGCCCCACUAAAAUCAAAUAAGUGCCACAUAUUGCAGCACGCUGACAGCCAUUGCUAAAGUAACAUAAAUGCAUGUGCUGUAUAUUUGCAUUUGCACAUGCUUAAUACGUGCAACACGAAAAACCAAAACAAAAAUCUAUUUUUAGCACCGUUUUGUUAUCGACGGUACUGAUGCCCCCCACACAUGACUGUUUUAACCAUUAUUUUUUUGUCGCCGGGUCGGGAGUCGAACCAGAAGUGUUGAAGACCGCUAGAUGAGUUCCAUCGCGCUUGUUGCCUUGGACCGUUUCUGCUGCAGUGAUAACAACAGAUUUUCCAUUAACUAAAAGGAAACUGAUCUUCUGUCUCAAUCAUUGCAGUAGAAGGCAAAACGACUAUGUCAUAUGUAAUAGAAUACAGUAAUUCAUUAUAUUCUGAUAAAUAAAUAAUGCAUUUUAGAAGAUAUUUAAUCAAUAUAAGAAAACUAAAACGACGAUUAAAACACCCUUCGCACACUGCUCAUAUGCUAAUUGUGAUUUCCAUCAUUAUUGGCAUAUGAUAGCAGCCUACAGAAAAGAGAAAAGGUCAUCUCUAAAAAGGUUUUGCUGUCGUCGAUCGAUGGCUCAAAUGGGGAUUAAGUUGGUCGGGAGUCGAACCAGAAAUGUUGAAUACUGAUGGAGCUGACCGUAAAGUUGUUCAAUCUUCUUGAUUUGAUUUGUUUACCAUUAGAGUCAAGCUUUUAUAAUUGUAUUGUUAGAGCAAACUUUGCUAGUUUGUACAUUGCAUUUAUUCAGUUUUUGCAGUGUUGAAUUAUUGAAUUAUCUUAUAUCACCUUUUAAUGAACCCUAAUGUAAAGAAAAAUGCAAUGCAUCAUUACAUUGAUAAUGCCAAUCUAAAGGAUUAUUGCAUGACAAACGUGGAAUUACUGCAUUUCGCAUUGCAAAUGUUGAUAUUCAGUCUAAUUCGUGCAAUGAUAUAAUGCUUGUGGUUACUUGGGAUAUGCUUACCUUUAGAACACGUCCCACAAGGAAUCCACAGAACAGAUAUCGAGAUAUCUCUCCUUGAACAAAUUUAUUGUUUCAAGAUACGCAAUUGUCACCCGGAUAAAUUUGAUCAGAUUUCCUUGCAGAAAUUAAAAAAUACAUCCAACCAUAUACCACAGACAAAUUGAAUCGCCGACCUCAGCUAAGGGAUUGCCGAGAAUCCGAUAAUUAUUUUCAAGUUUUACACCGAGAUGUCGUCAAAACUUUUUCCAUAUCUCGGUAAUCCAACUUUUCACCGAGAUCUCGGCAAAGUUCACCGAGACUCGGUAAUGAUUUACCGAAAUCUCGGUAAAAACAAAAUCAGUAAAUACUUUACCGAGGCAUCAGCUGUUGAAUUCUCGGCAAACCGUUUAUCGAGAUCAAUUUCUGAAUUGAACCCGAUAGCGGUCGCAUCGUGUACGCUGUACGUGUACGCUGAGUACUGGAUCCCUGAUAUAUGUACCACAGACAAACAGACGUCUUACUCUACUCACUUCUCAUCGUCAUCCUUUUUAACGGUUAGUUCAAAUAUUUUGUAGUUCGUAAAUAGCUCGGUCACGGCGCUCGCAUCGUUUUUGCUCCUGUUUGACGUUUGCUUACUACCGCCACCUACUGAGUGGUUUGCGUACCACAGCCUGAUUACCUUUUUCCGAUUUUGUUUUCGUGACGAUGAUUUUUAUCGCAAUUUGUCCCAAAAGAUACGUCUGUUUGUAUGUGUAUGUACUGUAUGGCAAGCAGGCCCGGAUUGAGGAUUGUGGGGCCUGGGGCCCUUGCGGAUGUGGGAGCUCCUUGAAGCUAUAAAAGCGAUGAGCAAAAAAUGUUUCGUUGUUUUCAAACAGUAUUUGAGCAAUCUGCAACAAAGUUAAUGUGUAGUAACAAAAAAACGUUUUUUUUUGUAUAUUGUGGGGGCCCGGACUCUUCCCCCUACAUCCGGCCCUGAUGACAACACAAAUGAAAGAAGAGUCAACUUCAGAGAAAAUAGAUAAAGAAGCGAAUAGUGAACUGUCGCCUGAACGGUAGCACUUUUUCUGUUAUGAUUUUUAGCAUUUGGGUUUUGCCAACUGUCUCAAAGCACAUCAAUUCACCCAUUUAAUGGUAGUCUCGGUAUACUGCACUAGAAAAUGUUUUAUGUUGUUAAUUUACUGACUAAAACCAUCUACCUACCGGGUAUUUUAUAAUAGAACAGUUUUAACAAAUUGAAGGAGUCUACAAUAUUAUUCGUGAAAAAAUGCAACUUUGUCUUGCUUACUAUGUACAGUGAAUCAAUUUCAGAACAACGCACAGUUACACUGAUUUUGUCUGCAUUGUUUAUCUGUAAUAGCUGGCACAAUUACACCCUGCGAAAACAGUUUGUCUUUGCUACGUCACCCGGAUAUUUUAGGCUUGGAAAAAAAGUAUGGUUAUGGUUCUUAUUUUUAAUCCUGUGCAUUGCACUACAAAAUAAUUUAGCAUGGGUGUAUUCCGAUAGUUCCGUACUAAAAUCUGCCAAAAUGUGGAUUAAAAACUGAUUUUCGUGAUUAUUUAAAAAAUGAACGUUAAUGAUGCUACCCAGUCUGACAUAAACUCACAACAUCGAAAAAGAAGGAAGUGGGCCACUAUUUACUAUAAUUUACAAUCCUACGAAGAGUCAAGUUUUUAAACACCCAAAUCCUGAAAAGUGAUAAUUUUUGUGGGAUAUAAUAUGGCGAACUUCUUGGGAAGAAUGUAUGAUCACAGCAGACUAUUUAAAAAAUCGAGCAAUUCCCAAUGAUAAAUCGGUUUAAACGUCCAAUCGGUAACAUCCUUCAUGGAUCUGUCAAACUGAAUGCGACUAACGAAAGGGUUUCCACUUUUGUUAAAAUUCUUAACCUGGCCACAACAAGCAGUUUGAGCAGAACCUUUUCAACCGUACGUGUGCAACAUAUCAUUUUACUGUUCUGUUCAAUCACAUUCAUAUGCUGGUUCUCUGAUUGAAAUCACGGAAUGACAUUCUUAGUUUCAAUCGAUUCAACAACACGUUUUAAAUUUAAGAAUUCUUAAAAGAAAUGAAACUGUGAUUUGUAAAUUUUAACAGAAAGAUAAUUUUUAAUAUUACUUAUUUUGUCUAUCCCGUCUUGUAGAUGAAAGUAAUAGAAAAAAGCUAUAAAAUUAUUAAAACUGAAAAGAACUGAUUAGAUCAUUAUAAACUAAAUUUUUAAAAAGCGGAAAACGUGUAGGAAACUUUAAAAAGGAAAACAGAAAUACUAUAAGUGAUUUUGGCUGCCAAAGAUACUUUUGUUUAAAAUGGAACGUCACUCAAUAGCCCUUUCGUUUGGAUUUAGAUAAAUACUGCACACAGAGCCAGUUAAAGAAGAAACAAGAUACAGAAAGAAUGAGAGAGAAUAUGCAUCAAUCAAACAGACAACACAACCAACCAACAAAACUAAACACAGAAUGUGCCAUUUAAAUAGAUAUUAUACAAACAAAACAUACCUUGUGAACCGCAUAUCUGAAUGUUUAUUUUUCUACAACUCCGUGGUGUUGAGUUCGAAUCAUUGCCUCGUGUGGUGAGCUUCAGGGAGAAAACCUUCGCAAUUCGAACGAAUCCGAUGUGCCAAAAGAAGAUAGUUCUUCUCUCACCACUAGAGGAAGUUUUUCGAAUUCUAUUGCGCGUUCAAGCAAUCCAUCUAAAUGUCAAUAUAAGUUAAACCUCACUACAAUGAAUAAGUAAUAAUAAACGUGUAUACAAAACAUACAAUAGGUCCACUACAACAAAACUAUAUAGUCGCUAAAUGUUCUACUACGAAAGAGAAUCAGACAUCAUCAAAAUUAUUGAAAAAAUAUCUUUCAAACAUAUCUUGGCUCAACUUUUACAUUUUUUACAACAAAAAAGAAAUAUUUUAAUAAAAAAAAAUCAUAAAACUUUAAAUAAAACUCAGUAUUAUAACUUUUAAACUAAUGUUUUACAUUUGAAAGGAUUUAACAUAAAUCAUACAAAUUUAAAUAUAAAGUGUCAUUUAAUUUAAUGAAUAGAACUAAGCAAAAUACGAAUUUAUAAAUGUAAAAAUAAUUAAGAGAAGAAAAAUAAUUAUUUAAAGACAAACGCAAAUCCAUAUGCUGAUAGUUUGUAGUUCUGUAAGACUCUGUUUAUUUUAAAAGUUGUAUAGUUAAUAAUCCGGAAAUUCAAAACAAAAUACGAAACAUUACAAAGCAAGACAAAAUCUGCGGACUCAGUGAGAGCCGCUAUCACAUUUGUACACAAAAUUUUUAAGAUGUUUGUUUUUUCGUGAGAAAAUGGAGAUCUUGCUCAUGAUUUGCGCUCGGUGUAUGCAGGUGGCCAUAGUAUCGAAUUAAUCCAAGACAGCUGAGCUGCCUCCAAUUUCAUUGGAAGAUUCACGUAGUAGGUCUUGGUUUAUUUUCUAGCACUGGUUGAUACAAUCGUGGCCACCUAGAGCAUUUAUACUUCAAGCGCAAGUUUGAUACGGAGUCUUGUCUUGACUCGAAAAAUUAUCUUACACAGCCAUAUUGCGUGAUUCUCAUUGUGUAACCAAUGUAAAUGCGUUCAAUGUGUCACAAGAAAAGAAGAGAUUCAAACAGAGUAAUUUAGAAAUAAGAGUGAGAUAAAUUGAAGGUUUAAUUGUAAUGGAGCAAUCUAAUUGUUAAGCUCUUUGUAACUUUAUCAAAAUGAAUAAUUUGGAACACAACACAUGCUCUAAUGUGGUCGUUCACUACGAUUGACACUUAAAAUGUCCUUGAAUUCAUGGAGUAUCUCCGCCUACUUGAUUUAGCAUUAUUUUCAAACUACAAAAUGACGGUUGCCAAGCAAUCAGAAUCAGCAUAUAAUCAGCAUUGAGUGACAUGUAUAAUGAAAUAAUGGCCAAUCCAACGAUGAAAUUUUUACGUUUGUCAUCUUGUUCACAACUGGAUUAUAUGUGCAUAUUUCAUAUCAUCAGCAUAUAUCAUUAAAAAAAAACCCAGUGAAAGACAACGUAAAUUUACCCAGGAAAGCAAAAACACACACAUCAAAGCAGAUAAACGACAAUGCCAACAACAACGUCACAAGCAAAGCUGCAAAGUUUAGACAAAUUAUCAGUUCAAAUGCAACCGAGCUGCCUUUCAGACAGUACAAGAAAACAGAGAAAUAAUAGAAAAAAUAUUUUAAACAUAAAUCGAACAUUUAAACAUGUCAUAGAUAUUAAAAGCUCUUUGUCUGAUUUAGGUAAUGAAAUUUCCAUUAAUAUUUAAACAGUAAACGAAAAUAGAAUUGUAACAAAAAAAUGACGAUAUACCUCAGGUUUUAGAAUGCAUAAAACAAAAUUUUUAAAACGAAAGCAUUUACUACUAAGACAAAAUAGAACAAAGGCAGAAGGCAGAAAAUAUUAACCAAAUUUGCAAAAUCACACACUCAAUUCUGAAUGGCCUGUUCAGCACUUUUUUGACGAAAAUAGAACAGCAGAACUAUUUCGGUAGCUUCGGUAAUCGAUUUUACUGAGGCUCGGUACACCAACUAUCAAAACCUGGUGCAAAAGGUAAACAAUGCAGUAGGGUAGGUAAUCAAACUUUGAACCAAAUGGCGGCUUUCUGAAGCAGUGCAAAUUUUAAGUGAUUGUUUCUCCCACAUGGAAAUAAUUUACUACGGCAAAAUCGUAUGUACAUGAAAGCCACGGGUAUAAGCUUUCUGUUAAAUGGUAAAAAGUUUGUAUUUGCACCGAAUUUCAUAGAAAUAUUCGAUUUUUCAUUAACAAUGAUUUUAAUCUUAAUUUGAACCAUCGUAAUCAUAAUUUGAACCAAUUUUAAUCUUAAUUUGAACUACUGGCGGCAGCAGCUCGAGCAACUCACAAAACAGCCAAUUCCAUACUAAACAAUUAAAAAUCACAUGAAUCUGCUAAUUCUCAUACCUAUUUUUCAUUAGGCAAUGGAAUCUCACCUCAGCAUGUUCGAAAUUCUUUAGGAAUUUGGAAACUAAAUUUGGAAUUUUUCAUCCCCCAAGAGUAAACAAAGCAACCACUAGCGCAAUCUACUGGCCAACACUAGAAGCUCACCCCCGUUUACUAGUUCAAAUUUAGAUUACAAAUGGUUCAACUUAAGAUAACAUUCUCCAAGUAAGAAUCAUAUAAAUUUGAUAAUUUUAUGACAAAUAAUGCGGAAUAUUAUUCCGUUGGUCGAUUCUACGAUAAAUAAGCUUUCAUUUGACGUAUUCACUUAUUGCGUGUGAUGCAAUGCAUGAGCUGUACGGGUGCACCGAAAAUGGGCUUUCUCUGGGGCGAAAUAGGUGAAAUCACAGUGAUUUUUCAAUUGCCUGUUUUCCAUGACAAAAACGCCUUUUUCAAUGUUUUUAAAGUCCAUGUUACCAGGUUAUAUUACGGAAAGCUGUUUAACAUCUUUUUUCGUGACAAUAUUUGCCUAAAAUCACGUCGUUUUAAUGAAUUUCGAAAUGGUUCAAAUUAAGAUUACAAUUUGACUAGUUCAAAGUUUGAUUUCUUACCCUAUAGCUGUAUUCAGCUGUUCUAUUUUCGUCAAAAAUUUACCGAAUACGGUAUUCCAAAUUAAGUGUGCAAACAAUUAUAUCUCCCAUCAACAAAUACAACACAGUGAAACACAUCACUCUAGCCAACAGACACAAAUAAACAGCCAAUUUUCCGUUUUCCAUGUUUUUGACAGCACAAAACAGAGAUCUCACAAUGGAGAGAAAGCAAUAUUUCAAAUGUACAGAUUGUUUUUUUUUUUUCAACAAGCUUCCAAAGCUCUGCUCAAAACUAGCGAAACAAACUACAUGCGUGACACAUUUCAUUGUGAUGAAUUGAAGGUAACAAGAGCUACCUAAAUUUCAAUGUUCAAACAAAUGGCAACAAGUUCCAAAUUAACAAAACGAACACAAAAACAUGUUGUGCUCUCAUAUGCGUCAACCUUCAAACUUUCUUUGUGAAAACGACAUGAGCACAUACACAAACACACAUGUUUUAACGCAAAUAAAUAUGUAAGUCAUUCUGAAAAAUCAAAUUGUAAACAUAAAUUAAAAAUUUUAUCAGAUAAUGUUUAAUUAUCAUGUAAUUAUUAUCAAUGUAAGAAAAAAACAAUAACUACUCAAUAAAAUCUAAUUCUGCA